GAUGGCACUGUGUCAAGUGUGGCUCGUAACAGGGUCACUUUCAUGAGGUAUUUGACAAAACUUUGCGAUCAACUUGUUUGCAUGAUUUCGGACGAAGAUUCCGAAAAUCUGAUACUGAACAAUGACGAGGAUAAACCCCCGCAUAUUCAAGAUGGUGAUGAUAAGGACUUUGAGUCGCACAAUCGUCUCUUUGCAUUUUCUGUCGAGCAAACGGAUGAGCAAGAGGAGACGGCGAAGGCGAAACCUGGAUUUAUGGCACGCCUUCUUAUACCUUUCUCAGUUUUGCCGGUUCAGCUUCCCGAGAGUGGGGUCCCGUCAUCCCUUACUCAUGACAUCCUUCAACCAUGCAUAGUAGCUGGAGAGACGUCAUUGGGAUUUCUUCAGGUCGAGUUCCUGCCAAAGCAGCUAAACCGGGAUCUUAUCGACGGUUUUUUCAUGGAAUUGGCUUUACGAAAGAGAAUAAGUCCGAAUAUUGCCCUUUCGGAAGAUCUGGACGCAGGCAGCUUGAAACUUCUCUUGGAGAACGAUCUAUGGUCACGAUGCGGUAACCUUGAGGGUCAAUGGGCAGAGCAGAGAGAAAAGGACGAAAUCAAACUUGCGACUGAGGAGAAGUUGGAGAUGAUAAAGAGGCAGGAUCAAAUCGAUACUCAAGUCGACCGGUUCAGAAUCACGAUGCCACUUGCAUUAGUUAAGAUGGCUCUCAAAUACUUCCCAACUCUGGCGGGAUAUGAAGAUCGCCUCCUUGCUUCGGUUAUUGGGCAAGGGACGGAGAAUAUUGGCGAGAUAGAUGCCGAAACAGCGUACUUUGAAGUUAAAAGUUGGCUUGAGGCGAACAAAGAGAUGACCGAAAUCAAACGAAAGGAGAUAGAGACAGACCUACGCUCCCUCGAGAAUGAACGAGCGACAUACGCAACAAUGAAGACUCGAUUCCCCUAUGUCUGGGAGGCUCUCAAGUAUUCAAAAGACCUCACGGAAGAGGACAAGUGGCGGCUGAUCGACCUUAUUCGCCGGCGAGAUAUUCAUUUCCGGAAAGAAUUCAUCAAUAUUACACAGAAAGAAAGGAGUGAAGGCUUAUUGGCACUGUUUUUCUAUAGAGUUCAGCAAGCAAUGGCUACCAUUACGCCGUUACCGGCUCCAGACAAGCUAAAGCCUCUUCCAAUCGUGGAUGAUGUGACCUUUUGCGCCAGCUUGGACCAAUUUGUGGCUGAAAAAGAAGUGUUUCGAGAGAUCGUCGAAGAGUUGAAGGAACUUGCGGUCACCAUCCUUGAAACAAAGAUACAGAGGCUUAGUCAAGUUACGAGGGAAAUCAAGCAGCUUAUGGAAUCUCAGAUGCAUGAUCAAGUCAAGAGCUUGUUUCUUAUACGAAGAAAGAACGAGAAUAAAAUGGCCUGGCAAAAACUAAAGCAAGAAGUCUCGGGUCGCCUCAAGUCUGAACCACAACAUAAUGGCCUACUUCUGACAGUUCGAAAAUUAACCCUUGAGGAGAAUCCGUGGAAGAGCCAGCCUGUCGCAAGUCUGGCGGCACCUACGCAAGCAAGUUUGCGAUUCACUGUCACCCAACUAGAAGUCAAAGAGGAUGACAUCAAAGCUGCUUUAGAGGACAAGAAUCAUGGUUCAAUUCAAGUCUACGUGUACAUUUACGAUCUCGAGACGAAAACACUGAAUCCUCGUGGUGCUCCCAUCAACAUUACCAGGUGGUAUUCGGAGCAAACAAUCUCGUUCACUCACCUCGUAUUCAUCUCAGGUAGUGAGGAGCUCCUUAUUGCUGAAGAAAAUGGCACUUGUCGUAUAUUUUCCUUGAUCACGGAAACAUUUAGGUUGGUCGACACACUGUUGAUAUUCAUACCCACUAAAUUUUGUCCAGACCAUACCACCUUGAGCUUGGCGGGAGAGUACUUUCCGCAGGCUCCAGCCCUGAUGGUGCUUGCUUAUUUGUCAAGGUCAAUAUCAACGGAAUUAUUGGUAUUCGGUGCUUUCAUUGGGCAUCUUUUGGCUCUAACAUGGGUAUUGACAUUCCUUGGCCUGGACAAGUACCGACCACAUCCCCUAUGGUGGUUUCAUCAAUCAAGAAGGGUGACUAUAAACAAUUCGUUAGUUGAUUGCCAUGCAGAAGUUUGGACUCGCUUUCCGGUAUAUGCCACGAUCAGGAGAGAAGUCACAAAAACGACUAUGCACCAUCCUAGAUCGAUUAACUUUAUCUCCCCGUUACCAUCACUUUCCUUUGUUUUCUAUUUUUCGAAUUUAAUCCGAGAAUUUCAAGCAAAGACUCGAAAGCCCACGGGAAGUCUCUUGGAGCAAAUCACAAUAUAUGCAUCCCCGGAUUGGGAUCCGGCUCUAAACAAUUCUGGAAUUUCAGAACUUCAAGCGGGUGAAUGGCUUGUGGGAAUGUUCUGUCUCAUCCCAAUUCACUUAGCAAUCACCAAGAAUAACCGUUUUAUUCCCUUGAAGGAUGGCGUAUUGUCACCCGAGUUUGAGAGGUCUCUUCUGGGCGCCAAUGUCGCGCAAAUCUCAGAAUCUUACUCACAGACAUUAGGCGAACAAUCUGUGGGCAAAAGUUUUGCGUUGAACCAUUUCGUCGACACGUCUUUUGCGUUAGUAUGCCAGUUUGAUUCAACCAACUUUUUUUGUAAACUUAUCCUUGAAGGGGCUCCGCAAUGCGCUAGUUUCCAAUCCUCCACCAAUGUUUUAGACCCCGCUUCGAACCCAGGUCUUUUCAACGCCACAUUAGGCAUCAUUAUCAAGGAUGUCAUUGACUCUGACACUAAGGAGAUAGUCAAUGAAUUCAAACAGAAGUUCCAACGGAUUGUGCACAAGGAAAAGGCCGACAACUUUAUUUCGAAGCUACACAGAGGGCGCGUUGAUAUAAUCCCAUGGCCUGUCAUAGAAUCCUCUGAAUUCUAUGAAUGUUUCGGAAUCAUAAAAACGAGACUGGAUCGUCAAGUGAUCACCCAUAAGCAUGCCGGGACCUUUCUCUCGAUGCUCAAAAUGCUUAUGGCCAAAUUGAAGCCCGACUUAAGCAGAUUCCAAACCCAUUAUAGCGAAUUUGGCAAUACAAAGGGCGGACCAACUUUCUUGCUUCCUGAUGCCCGCAAUAAUUUCGAUACAGACGAGAUUCUACCGAAUGAGGACGGUAUGGAGAUCUUUUACCUGGGCCAUCCUGACAACUCUGCCGCAUCACAUUUAUCCUUAGAUGCCUGCCUCAGGCGUCUGAGAAUGUCAUAUACGAAGCGAGAGGAACGAUUCCAUAUUGCUGAAGACGAAUUUUUCAACAAUAUAUCCUCUUACCUUCACGAUCUCGUAAACAAACGCUUACUAUGUGUUUCCCAGUGGAUCAAAGCAAACACAGAACGCUUCGGGGAGCGAGCUGAAAUUGUGGGACUCCUUAGAAUGUUUGACUUCCAUUCAAAAGAGCUACGUGCCAACAUAGACCUGUGUGGAUCGAAGUGCUCCUUUUGUGGAUUACUUUGCCUCGAGCAUAAACAACACGAGGGAAAACACGAUUGUCAAACCUCGCACAA